ACUCGCCACCGGACGUUUCUCCCUGUUUAAAGGCGUCAAGCAAAGUACUGAAACAAGAGACGGGAAGCUGCAGUACUGUACUGCACCGUCACCAUCCGCUUGCUUCACGGCGCAAGCCAGCGAAACGGCCCCGGAUCACCAGGUUCCGGUAGCAGCUGACACCACCAAGCACGGCUUUCUGUUGGGAUUCCAGUGUUGCAAGGAGCAGUUCAGUCAGUUCCAAAAGGAGUUACUUGCACAGGGCUUUCUUUCAGCUGGAAAACCGGCCCUUUGAUCAUUGCAGGGAGGGCCACAGACAGCUGCAGCAGAGGCGCCACUCUCUCACAGUUCGAGCUCUCGUCACCUGCAGCCUCUCAGGCGGCGACGGGAGGUGGGGAUGGACGGGGAGCAGGCGGCGCGGUGGGUAGCGGCGCAGGAGGGGGUGCCCGUCGGCGCGGACCUCGUCGCGGCGGCGCGGCGGCAGCUGGAGUUCCUCGCGGCGGUCGACCGCCGCCGGUGGCUCUACGAGGGCCCGCUGCUCGACCGGGCCAUACGCAGGUACAAAUCUUGUUGGCUUCCCCUUCUUGCAAAGCACACUCAGGCUCCUGUUGUGGAUGGACCCUUGGUUGUCCCUCUUGACUGUGAGUGGAUCUGGCACUGCCAUCGCCUUAACCCGGUUCAGUACAUAAGGGACUGCAAGAAAAUAUAUGGCAGAAUACUGAACAAUGACAAUGUUGAGUCGUCCAUUGGAACAAAAUCAAAGAUUCAGUCAGAGAAAGUUUGGAAAGAGUUGUAUCAUGAGGAGCCCUUUGAGUUAGAGUACACAAGUUCUUCUGAAACCACCAUGGAUGUGAACCCUGGAGCUACAGAGGGCAUUUCCUAUGAUUUGAUUUCAGCUGUUAAGAGACAGUCUUCUUUCUAUUAUCAGGUUGGAACGCCAACCAUGCAUGACCAGCGUUUUCUUGUUGAAGCGUUUGCUCGAUACAAGGGAUUUCUAUAUCUGAUCAAGAUGAAUCAAGAUAAAGGAGUGCAGCGAUUCCGUGUACCAACCUACGAUGUGGAUCUCAUGUGGCACACUCACCAGCUGCAUCCUGUUACUUACUGCAAAGAUAUGUUGAAGCUUCUUGGCAAAGUUCUGGAGCAUGAUGACACCGACGCUGAUAGAUCUGAAGGGAAGAAGCUUGAUGUCGGAUUUACAGAGACUACUGAACAGUUUGAGAGUAUCUUUGGUGCAAGAUACUGGAAGGCUGGAUGUAUGUACCGUGGCAACUUGCCGUCUCCUGUGACAUCCACUCCUCAGAUAUUCAAUACUGAGGUUGGUAAUGGAUCUGACAUCUGCAAAGCCCAGAAGGAUCUUAAUGUUCUGGACAUCAUAUUUGUAGAGUUAUAUUUGCAAAUUGUAGACAUCAAGAAUUUACCAUCUGCUGUUCCAAAAGAAAAUGUGUAUGUAUGGUUCACCAAGAAUCAAUCAGAUAUGUUUAUCAGUGACGGUGGCAGGUUGGAUAUUUCAACAGUUACAGGGAAGACUGGAGCUAGUUUGCAGUGUGAACCUACCGGAGAACUCAUCCUCACAGUAAUGGCUGAUCGGGCAUCUAAGAAACCAGAACCAAUUGGGAAGGUUUCUAUCCCACUGCAGCUUCUUACAGGGCCUGAUUCUAAGCUCUCCUUUGAAAGGUGGUUUGAACUGAAAGCUCAUGGUGGGCAUGCCACUUCCCCUCCUGUUAGUCUUCGUGUUGCAGCCUCUGCUACUGUCCCAUGUAGCGCUCAGAAGGUGUUUAGCAUGGUCAGGACGGAGCCUUUCUCUCUCAAGUCCUGUCUUUUGCCACAUUCCAUCAAGGAUCAGAAGAUGGUCAGCUGGACUCGUUUCUUGUAUGAUUGUGGUACUGAGCUUAUCCGUCUUCAGAUAAGAGAGCACAAGGUAAAGAAUGCCAUGGCUUGCAAGCGGGAAUUGGUUGGAGUACUGAAGUCGCGAAAGGAGCAACUUCAGCUAGCAGAAUUCAGAGAAAAUAAAUGGACACUGAAAAAUUCAAACCUGUCGAUCAGCGGUUGCACUGAUGGCAGUAUGCUCAACCUCAAAGGUGACAACCAACUGAUCAAGCUCUACCAAGGAAGGAAACUCGAAUAUGAACGUAAGUGCUGCAAGUGUCACUCCGAGGAUGCCUCGGCUGUCACCGCUGUGAGGUUCUGUGCUGAGCACCCAUAUGGCAAAGCUGUGGCAUUGCUGGACACCGAAUCUCAGUUGAUGAUGGUGAAUGAGGCUGAGUUCCUACUUCCAUGGAUCACGAUAUCGUUCCUGUUCAUGGAUGCGGACGGCCAAGAUGGUGUGGAACUCAUCAGUAGUGCAGUGGUUCAGAAGUCUGUAGUGUCCGGAUCUGACACAGCCAUAGUUUCAGAGACACAUACCCUUGGAGCUAGGAGCACGGCAGUGGCUCCUGUGCAAUGUGGCACUUGCAGUACGGCUUUGGGUGGUGGAAAGGUCAUGGCAGGCUGCAAGACUGACCAUGCUAGCUCUGAUGCUUGCCCAGCAGCUGUUGCAAGUGGCGAGGAUGGCCAUGCUGAGUCUGCUGGCUGUGGGAGCGGCUGUGGUGGUGGAAACUGUGGACCCAUGGUGGUUGAGGAUUCCAAGGCAGACAAUGCCAAGUUCGGAGGCUGUGGUUCUGGAUGUGGUGGUGGCUGCGGUGGCGGGGGAGGCUGUGGCACCUUGUUGAAAGCUAGCACCAUGACUGACGAGGGUCAGGCCAAGUCCAAGUCGGGAGGCUGUGGCUCCGGCUGUGGUAGUGGAGGUGGCUGUGGCACCCUGUUGAACUCCAAAGCUAUGGACAGGGAUAGCAUGGUCAUUGAAGGCUCCAAGGUAAGCCACAUCAAGUCUGGAGGACGCGGUUCCGGCUGCGGUGGCGGCUGUGGAGGCGGUGGCUGCGGCACCCUGGUCAACUCCAUUGCUACGGUUGGCCAAGGCCUGGCCAAGUCAGCUGGCUGUGGUUCCGGGUGCAGUGGCAGUUGCGACGCCAUGGUCACUGAAGGCUUCAAGACAAGCCAUGCCAAGUUCAGCGGAUGUGGUUCUGGCUGCGGUGGCGGUUGCGGAGGAGGCAGCGGCUGCGGCACCCUAUUCAACUCUAGCAGUGCGGCUGGCCAAGCCAAAUCUGGCGGCUGUGGCUCUGGCUGUGGUGGCAGAGGCUGCGGAACCAUGGUCGCUGAAGACUCCAAGACUAGCCAUGCCAAGUCCAGCGGAUGUGGUUCUGACUGCGGUGGCAGUUGCGGAGGAGGAGGCGGCUGCAGCGCCCUAUUCAACUCUAGCACUAGGGCUGGCCAAGCAAAAUCUGGAGGAUGUGGCUCUGGCUGUGGCAGCGGAGGCUGCGGUGCCAUGGUCACUGAAGACUCCAAGACCAGCCAUGCCAAGUCCAGCGGAUGCGGUUCUGGCUGCAGUGGCGGUUGUGGAGGAGGUGGUGGCUGCGGAACCCUAUUCAACUCUAGCACUGCUGCCGGCCAAGCCAAAUCCGGCGGCUGUGGCUCUGGCUGUGGCGGCGGAGGCUGUGGUGCCAUGGUCAUUGAAGGCUCCAAGACCAGCCAUGCCAAGUCCAGCGGAUGCGGUUCUGGCUGCGGUGGCGGUUGCGGAGCCCUAUUCAACUCUAGCACUGCUGCCGGCCAAGCCAAAUCCGGCGGCUGCGGCUCUGGCUGUGGCGGCGGAGGCUGCGGCAGUGGAGGCAUGGUCAUGGAGGGCUCCAAGAGCAACAGGUCUGGAGGCUGUGGCUCCGGCUGCGGUGGUGGGUGCGGCAAUGGCAUCAUAUUCAACGCGAGCAGCACAAAGGCUGGCGGCGAGGGCCACUCCAAUUCAGGCGGCUGUGGUUCAGGCUGUGGCGCCGGUUGCGGCGCCGUGUUCAAUGCAUGAACCAAGCUGCUGGCCAGCGGUGGCGGCUGCGGUGGCUGGCUGUCCAGUCCCUGGCGAUGGCGGCUUUGGGAGCUCUUCCGUCGGCUCACUGCAGUAGGCGUGAAUUCCCAAUAGGACAAAGAUACAAAAGAACGACGGCGUGCAUUGGUGUGCGUUGAGAAUUGAGGUGUGUCUUGAGCUUGUAAGAUAAAUAAUCAUGUGAAUAACUAAAUAAUUGCUUGGUUUUACUGGCAUACAUGAAUACAUCUCACUCUGACGAGUCUUGCCCAGCGCAGGGCGUUGGGUUGGUCGUG